AUGGGCAAGAUCAUGGCAACCCUGUACAAAAAAUGGUCACUGAGCGACCAACCCUCCCCCAACGGACUGUCCCUAAUGCCAGGAAGAAAGAUGGUGAACAUGGAUGCACAAAACAACAACAAACCUAUCAUCUUUGACCCAUCAGUCAUACUGGACGGCCCCAUAGUGGAUGGUUUCCGAGUGUUCAUUGAUGCAGACACAGUCUGUGUGAACCUGGCAAUACAGGAAGGACGUGCCCCAGGCAUAUUGAUCCAAGAUGAAGCCAUCACAGCGUACACAGAUGGCUCCUGCCUGAACAAUGGAAGCGAGUUAGCACAGGCCACAGAAGAGCGAAUGCACAAGGCCCGGACAGCAGCAAAAGACUUGACAGGAAGCCUCCCCACACAGGAGGCAGUGUGGAAGUCACUACACCACAAAAACUUCUCCCAUCUGAUUACAGAAUUCCUGUGGAAACUGAUGCAUAACACGCAAAAAUGCGGCGCCUUCUGGCUGAAAAUCCCCGAACAUGAGGAAAGAGUGGAAUGUCCCGCCUGCAAACAAAUGGAAUCCAUGGAGCACAUACUCAUCACCUGCAACACCCCCGGCCGCAAACAGAUCUGGGACAUGUGCGAAGCGAUGUGGAGGAAGAAAUUCCCCGAAUGGGAACCACCGUCACUGGGAGCUAUCCUGAGCUACAGCCUCCCUGACUUCAAAUCCAAUGACAAUCGCCCAAGACAAGGGGUGAACUGA